AUGAUUCCAUUUAGUCCAAAGAUAACGAAAGAAGUUAUUAACUUAGACUCUACCACACCGGAACAAUCUUACAAUGUUGACACACGCAAUCGCUACGAAGUACUCGGUAAUGGAGAAGACCAAUAUAAUACCGCAGAACAACAAAGUGAAACAACUCAAACGUCCAGGGAGAUGCGACCCAAGACUAGCCGAGAAGUUUCUACUAAUGAAGACCAAACCAAAGCGUCAUCGGAGACUAGUCCCCGUACUUAUAAUUCGGGCAACCAACCCAGGCGUACAAUCAACGUAGCCGUUGCCGGUGACUCAAUGUUAAAGUACAUAAAUCCCUCCAAACUUAGUAAAAGCUUGAAACAAAAUGUCCACGUGAAAACCUUCCCUGGAGCAAAGGUUGCGGAUAUGGAGCACUACGUAAAGCCAACACUAGCACACGCUCUUCAGUACACCGUGUUCUGCAC